GGGGAGUGUAAGUACCGGGGCGCCCCCACCCCGGCCUGGGUAGCUAGGAUACGCCUCGCACCGCGGCGCCCACUUGUGCGAUGGGCGUCGGGUGCUGAUGCUGCUGUCCCCAAAGAACCGGUUACCGAGGCAGGGACUAAGUGGGGGCAUCCGGAAUUGAUCGCAGAGGAGGAGUCAGUCAGAACUGAGGUUUCAUUGGGUCUUCAGAGCUCUAAGUCUUAUCUCGGAGGUGUUGGAAGGCCUUACAGGGAUCGCCGUUUUCGGAAACUGACUUGGUGUCCUGGGGAGCCCCAAAGCCCCUCUUUUCCGCCCUUCAUGGGCGCCCCUCCUUGUCUUUCACGCCCUGUGCCCUUCACGUGUUUAGAAAUCUGCCCGCGGUGCCUGGUCCCCCUUGGAGAUGCCCAGGCAGCCCAGCCAUCCAGGCCUACGCUGGCGAGGGGUUAGAGGGAGUAGAACGCUGGCUCUGCCGGGCUGCCACCCUUACCUACACCUAUUCCUGGUUUCCUGCGCUAGCCCGGCGCUGAUGGGGACGGGAUGGGGCUGGGGUCGGGUAUGGCUUCCGUUCCUUCGCCUCUCGCCUCUGCAGACAGCAGUUUGCUUCUGUUGCGUUUAUUCUCCCCGUUUCGCCGCUUCCCUCCAGCGCCGCAGCCUGUGUAUCACGUUGAUGGGCUUUGAUAGAGAAACCACAGUAAGAGUAUGCUUUUAAAUCUUGAUUUUCGUCUGUAGAGGGAUAAGCCACCCCAGCCCUGACACAGCCGUGGGGAACGCUGAAGUCUGGGACACAUUGGCCCUGAACUCCCUUCCCCCCAGCCCGCAGUCAGGAGAUGGUGAUGUGCAUGGGUGGGGAGUGUUUUGUUUUUGCCACAUUCCAGCGUCCUGAAACCUCUCGUCCCCUCCCACUGAAAUCCCCGAUCUGUCCGAAUCUGUUCCUUGCUGUAAAAUAAAUCCUCCCUCCCGCAGACCUGUGGGGCCCUUCGGAUUUCCUGCCGCUGCCAUGAUCCUUAACAAUGCGAUUGAAAAGCCAGUGCUCGGCUGGAAAAAAAUCCCCAGGUGCCAGCCGGCCGCGCCUUGACCUUGCUGAAGGAGCCUUUAACCCGGCUGCCAGAGGGGCUCUGGUCCAGCCGUGGGAAUCCAGGAAGAAGGAGGGCGCCCCGGAGGCGGCUGGGUUAGCUCCCCGGGCAGGGCGGGAAUCGGGUCGCCGCGGGGACCGCAGAGGGGGAGGGGAUGGGACUCCGCGGCAACCUGUUUCCCGGCGAGCCGGGCCCGCGCAUCCCAGCUCCCUCGGCCCAGCCCCUCGUGGCCCGCCUCCCCCGCCGGCCUCCAGUUGUCUUCGUGGUACGGGAGUCGGCCGCGACUCCCUCACGCUCUCCGCCGGAGUCCGCGGGACGCCGCCAACUUUGGGCUCCUCGGUGGCCGGAGCACCGGUGCGAACCAGCGGGGCGGCCGGGUGGGCGGGGCCUGGGCGGGAAACUGGAGCCGAGAAGACCGCGUUCCAGGCCAAGUUCCAGCCGCAAGCGCCGCGCGGCACAGUGCAGGGUCCCGGCCGCGCCUUUCUCCCCUCCCCCGCCCGGCCGCGUUCCUGCGGACUCACAGCGCGCUCCGGGCGCUCUGCAGUUGGGCUUUCAGCGGGGGAGCCCUUCUCGUCAAAGUUACGAGGGGUGUUUUCACUGGUGGUGACAGUGGGAACUAGUUUUCUGCGCGCCUGUGUGUGUGUGUGCAUUUGUGUGUGUAUGUGUUGGGGAGCAGAGAGAUUUGCAGCGAAGUCACACAUAGCACAAAAAACAGGUUUCCCCUUUCCAGGUGUUAUAAGGGAAUGCUGAGGAGGAAUCCGUUUUCUCCGGUGAGGGUGUUGACGGGAAGCCCUUCCACUUAGUGGAACUGGACCUGUUGGAGCUGAUUGCCUGGAGUGAACGGGUGUCUCCUUUAGCGGCACCUGUGUGCCGUAGGUCCUUGGAAAUGUUUGGGGAACUGAAAGUCCUCAAGAUAUUCAGCCAGGACUUAGGGCAUAGAUGUUUGUGUGCGUUUAGGGGGCUAAUUCGGGGAAGCUUUUAUUUCCAGCAUGUGUCUUGAACUGAGGGGAGGGCAGGGUGCGGAAGGCUUGUGGAAUUGCCAUCUUCUGUGGUGGGGGAAGGGAUCAGGGACGGAGAGCUUUGGUUUUCUAGAAAGAGUUCUUGGGUUCUUCCUCUGCUCUCAUCUUGUUUUCAUCAAGGCCUCUGUUUGGGGGUGGAGGUAGAGUGGUGCGGUAAGCGAAUCAGCCACCCUAAUAGACCGGCCUUGACCAGUGCGGAUGCCAACGGGCAGAACUAGUGCUUGGUCUGAACAAGAACCAUCAAAGGAUAGUUCUAUAGUGAGUGGAGUGGCCUGGAAUAUGAGGUAGAAGGCUAGGUGUUAGAGUAAUGGGUUCCCACGGACUCUCCUCCAAUAGAAUCUGAUUCUAUUUGGUAUAGUCUCCUCAAUCUUUUGUGGUUUUGUGGGAGUAAGGUGAUAGGAUGUGACUUUAAUCUCUUAACUAUUGGGUUGGAAUCAUGGCUCUGUGGCCUUAGGCAAAUUGUCUUUGGAGCUUCAGUCCUCUCCCCUGUAAAAUGGCACAAUAUUACUUAGUUUGCAACACUGUCAGGUUUUUUUUUUAUGAUCCAGUCUAUACACUUUAUUCAGAUUUUUCCAAUUGUCCCAAUAACGUCCGUUAUAGCAAUAGAAAAUCCUGGCUUAUGAGUUCAUUCAGCUUUUCAUGUCUCUUUAAACUCUUUUAACCUAGAACAUUUCCUCAUCUUUUUAAAUCUUUCAUAUUAUUGAACACUGUCAGUUUUAACAUCGAUAAGGCCUCUGGCAUACUGUGGUCCCUUCACAGAUGCUUGUUCCUUUCUACCUCCUUAUCCCCUUCCAGGAAGCAUCCUGCAUUUGUUGGGUGGAGAUUGGGCAGAGAAAUCAACAGCCCCAAAAGAACCACCAACCUUGCAUCCAGCCUAUUUAAAACCAGCUUCAAAUGCGUGAAAUGAAAAUUUCUUCUCUUUUCUUAGGAAAGUCAUUUCCAGUUUUGUUAGAAUUUGUGCUUCAUUGAGUCCCUUUUUCUGACACAGUUGCAUCCUCAUGCAGAUUGACAUGUUACAUAACCCGAUAUUUCCAAAUCAAAAGUUACAAAUAAGGGAAAAGAAGGUGAUUAGGAAUUAAAGAUUGUUGGGCAACACAAGCAAAAGACUCAAUUUAAGAUGCCAGCUCACACUCUAAUUGUGCUAGAGGUUGAAGGAAAAUGAGACUUGAUAAGCACCAGUGGUGCAAGUCUCCGCCCGGAGUUCUCAGCCCCUGUCCUGGUCUAACAAACAGCUACACAGCCCCAGCCCAAACCUUUUGUAGUUCCUGUCCCGGUAACUUCUCCCACAUCUAUUAAUCGAAAAAGUUAAACAAAGGAAGAAUAGGAUUUAAAUCACCUCCUUGCAGAUUUGAUUCCAAGAGCCUAGCAGGGUAAAUCAAUGUCAAUUCUAGAUCUAAGGGGCCGAUUUUGACCUGCCUUCUUACAUGGUCUAUCAGCUUGGCUUUUAUUGUAACUGAAAGCUGAAUCACUCCAUCUUUGCUUUGCACUGACAGAUGGGCUGUGGGGGCCACUUUGAAAGUAAUAUGCCCCAGUUCUCAGGGAGCCAAGCAAACAUGGAUCCCUGAAUGUUCUCUGUAUGGAAAAUGUCUAAUGAAGCCAUGUAAAUAUAUGUGCCUAUUGCUUCCGGGGUUAUAUAUUUAUUACUUUUUUUUUCUUUUACAGUCUUUAUUCUAAUGACCAAAGUAAUAUGUGCUCACUGUAGCAAAUUCAGGCAUUACAGAGAAAAGCAAAGCCAAAAUGUUCCACCACAUUUUGGGUUGUACCUUGUGACUUUAUGAAUGUAGAAAAAAUGAUGAGAUCCUAGUAUAGUGUUUUGAAUGCUUAUUUUCAUCUAAUGAUAAAGCAUGCAAAACUUUUCAUGCUCUCUUUUCCUCCUAUGGUGACAUUUGUAAUGCUACAUAGACCCCCAAUGUUAUAGUAUGACAGAUAUAAUCUAAUGAGUACCUAAUUUUUUGACUUUGUGUUUAUUUUUUUUUAUUAUCAUAACAAGACUGUAGUAACCAUCCUUGUACAUACUGUGUAGUUUUAGUAUUUCCUUAAGAUGAAUUCCUAGAAAGUAGCAUUUCAGGGUUAAAGGCAGAUACCAUACUAAAGCUUCUGUCACAGAUGAAAAGCAGUUAGGUAAACCAUGAUGUCUCUUUCAUCUUUUUAACCAGAAUAUGGCUAUUUAUUUUGCAGUCCCUUACAGGCUUGGAAGCCCAGGUGGUAGAAGAAGGCAGGGGUGACAGUCAAACUUCAAGCAGGGAAUUUGCAUAAUUUUGAGCUGUUCUGCUGAACUGAUACACAAAUUCUUUUUCCAAGAACAUUUUUCUUCCCUGGCUCUUGGAAUCAUCACUUUCUGGAGUGCUUCAGCCAGCAAUGGAGUUGAAAUAUGUAAAUAUGUUCCUCAGCGUUGUAGGUGGGGCUGGCUCCAUGGUGAAUGACAAAUAGUUCCUCCGAGAAGAGUGUGUGUCUUCAGCAUUUGCUGAGGCUGUGGAUUUCCCCCUCCCACCUUUCUCCUUCCCUUUGGUUCAGAGGCCUUAAGCUGGCCUGGGAGAUCUUACAAAGCAAACAGUUGAGACUCUACCCCACAGCAAGCUUAUCUCCACCUGCUGUAUGGCAUUUUACUAGGAAAAAUCAACCCAGCGGAGUCUCCCUUCACAGUUCCAGGGCCCAAUCAAUCAAUCAAUCAAUCAACAUGCCUACAUGCUAUUUUGAAAGUGGAAAUUGUUAGGCAUCUUGUCGCCUCCUUGCAUGGUUCAAUCAAUCAGAGGGUGCUUUUGCCGUUACCCCUUCUCAAGUGUGGGAUUUCUGUGACCAGAAAAGAUGUGUUCCCUGUAGUUAGAUAGCUAGUCAUCUGCCAAAGAAUUCAGUGGAACCAGUGGGGGAAGUCCAGUCCUCCCAUUUCCAAGGUGCCCCCAUGCUCAGCAGGAGACAUGAGGAGUUCCUUUAGAUCAGGUAGAGAGGUCACCUCAGGAUUGUUUCACGGUGUGGUCACCACAGAGGGAGCCCGCUCUGUUGGUUGCUGACUCUGACUUCAGACAACGGUUUAGAUGCUGCUUUGAUACUUAUGCCACUCUAGUUUCACUAGGGAAGGUGAAGGGGUGUUUCUGUUCUUUGUCAUGUUCUGAACAUCAAAUCAGAGCUUUUCUUUCAUUUGGAAAACAGAAAGGAAACAGGCCAUAUGGGAUCUCCAGAGCAGUGGUCAGCACCCCGGUUCCCUUUUCCUGUGUGUUCUGCACUGGCUUUACACAAUGGCAUCACUGUAGCCUCACCGAAUAGUGCAAAAGGGUAUCAGAGGCAAUUGGUUAAUCAUUAAAAUCCUUAAGAACAUUAGGUUUUAAGAAUGUUUUUCUUUGAAGGUCGAUUUUUCUCGCUGUGGGAUGAGUGUUGAUUUCUGAAAGGCUGGUCUUGCACCCCUUGAAAGUCAAACAAAAGGGUUGCAGUUAGUACAUUUAUGGCCUGGGGUAAACCUUGCCAAUUCCUGAUGCCAGUUUUCCUCACUAUAAAAUUGGUUUGGGAGAAGAGAGUGGUUUCCAUGUCUUCUUAAGUUAGUGCAAUCUCAAACUCUAAUGUGCACACCCCUAGUUCUGGGAUCUUGUUAAGAUGCAGAUUCUACUUCAUUUGGUCUGGGGAGGGGCCCAAGAAUCUGCAUUUUUCCCCAGCUCCCAGGUGCUGCCAUGCUCCUGGUCCAUUGUCCACACAUGGAGUAGCAAUAUUUCAAGCUAUCUACUGCUCUGACUUUAUUUCAGAAAGUCAUAAUCAUGACCCCUGGACGUCAAGAGGAGUUGCUUAUAUUUGUAGAAUGACACUAUAAAGGGAUGUGCCCAUUCUUUCAUUUUAGAUUUGGGGAAUAAUCUUUAUUUCCACAAACAGUGGAAAUAAAGUGCAGAAGGGCGGCAUCAGUCCUCUCAUCCUGUGAUCCUAUAGGAGAUGGAAAAUGAGGCAAGAACAAAACAAACACAUACUCAAUGCUUUCUGUGUGUCAGAGAAACCGAAGCUCAGUAAGGCUGAGCCCAGGGUCACACCACUAGAACUAGCAUUUGAUGGUAGGCCUCUCUGGCUCCUAAAUCCUUGUUUCUCCUAGAAUGGCAACUUUGUAACUUUCAAGAAUAUGCCAUGUAAUUCAAACUGAUAAUUUAGCAAAGUGUUUCCCUUUAGAGGUCCUUUUUCUGGGCCUACUUUGAAAGUGGAUCAAGACAUGUAAAAAUUUGCAUCAUUAUCAUGCAAGCAAUUAAAGUGCUUAAGAGCUUAAAAGCAAUUUGUUCAAGUUGGUUAAAUAUCCACCCUCCCCAAUCUUGUUUGUAUUAUUAAUUUACUCAUCAAACUGUGACAUCAAAACUAUUGUGAAGGUAAAUUUCAGUAUCUUCUGUUCGGUAAAAAACUUUUAAAUGUGAAGGGCUUGUAUUGAUGAGGUCCACAGUGAAAGGAUCCAGUUCAGGGUGAGUCAGAGAAACCAGCUUUUUACUAAAUAAACCCAGCUCUGCUUUGACCUCAGGAUGAGAACUGAUCAUUUAAACGUUUUAUUAACGUGCAAUUAUUCUGAGAACCAGUCAGCAAUGCAGCUCUUUGCAAACAUUAAUUAGCUGACCCUCACAUCAUCCCACAUGACAGAUAAAUAGCAUUCACGUUGCACUGGAGAAAACAAAUGGACACACAGAGAUGAAGGAGGAAGAAGGCAGCUCUUGCCUUGAAAGAAAUGUGGUAGAAGUAGGUGGAAUUAGAAGACCACGUAAGUUUUUUACUUCAUAAAUAUUUAUUGAGCAAUGCACUAGACAAUCUAGAGCUAUUCUAUGCAAUAUAGUAGUCACUAGUCACAUUUUAAACUAAAUUUAAUUAAAAUGAAACAAAACUAAUCAUUUAUUUCCUUGGUUGCACUAGCCAGAUUUCAAGUGCUCAACAGCCACAUGUGGUUAGUGGCUGCCAUACUCGACAGUGCAGUUAUAGAACAUUUCUAUCAUUGUAAGACAUUCGAUUAAGGUUGGGAUUUAAAAAAAAUGCAAGGAUCCUUGCCAUUAUGAACUCCAAUGUAAAAUUUCCUAAAACAAUAGCUGACACAUGGCAACUACUGAGUAAUUCAAGUUGUGGUUAAGUUCUUUGGGCUAAUGGUUAGGGACCCAGCUUCUGGAGCUAGAGGACUGAGUUCAUUUCCUGGGUAUGCCACGUACUGAAUGUAUGACUACAGGUAGAUGACUAUUUAAAUGAUGUAUGACUACAGGCAGACUAUUUGAAUGCUCUGUGCUGAUUCAUGCUGCUAUUUUUCACUUGUCUUACUAGCUGAGAUUAUUUUUAAGGCAGUGUUGGAUCCUGGAGAGGGUGCUGGGAGACAGGUACUCUCCUUUGCUGCUGGUUGAAAUGCAAAUUAAUAUACCCUUUUAGGUAAGCAAUUUGGCAGUAACUGUCAGUAGACUUCGGAACACUUAUUCCCUUUAGUCCAGUAUUCUGAUUCUAGGAAUCUAGCCAAAGAAAAUAAUCAGAGAUGGGCAGAGAAAAUUUAAGAAUAAAAAUGUUCAUUGCAGUGUUAUUUAUAAAAGAGAGGAAAAAGGUAAACAAUUGGAUGGAAUAAGUAAAAUGUGGCCAAGCCUAGCAGCGGAAUAUUAUUCAAAGAUUACGUAUUGUUUUGAAAAUGUGUUUUGUGACAAGGGAAAAUGCCAUGAUAAAAAUUAUGUUUAAAAAAUACUAAACACUAUACUGCUAAACCCCAAAAGUAUUUUUAAAAGUAGAUAUUUGUUGAAGCAGGACUAGAGAAAUAAAGUACUGAGUAGUAGCUUAUGAAUUAAUAGAAUUUUUGAUGGUUUGGGGAAGAUUGUUUUGACUUUUUUCUUUAUUAAGUUUUGUGUUUUAUUUAUUUAUUUAAUUUAUUAACUGAACUAACCUAAGAAAAUUGGCAACGGUGCGUCCCUGUGCUCUUUCUGCUAUAGAAUGCCUCAGAGACUCCUAGCUGCUCCUAAUCUGUUUUUUCUAGCACGUUUGGAACUUCUGGCUUAUCUAUUCUAGAGUUUGUCUGCCUUCAAGUCCUAGAUGUUCUUUCUAAUGUUAAAACUUAAUUCUCUUUAUGGCCAUUUAAGUACAUUUCUACAUGUAGUAGGUGAUUCUGACUGAGCAGCAUGGGGUAUUGCAGAAGACAUCAACUUCAAAGAUGGAAAGAACUAGAUUCAGACCCUGAACCAUCAUCACCUCCUUGCCAUGGGACCUUGGGCGACCCUUCUGUUCCUCAAUGUCCUCAUCUAUAAAGAGGGAAGCAGUAGAAUCUACCCCAUAUCUCAUGGCUGUGUGGAUUGUGCUCACUUCAGUGGGACAUCUGGCACAUAUGGGUAAAUAAAAAUGCAAAUGUCUUCCAUGCCUGGGGUGCAGCACCCUUUAGAAUGUACACUCCUUUUGUGCUUGUGCCACUCUCUUGAGAUUGUAGGAUCAUCACUCUCCAGAAGAGGGAGAGUAGGCAUCAUGUGGUUACUCAACAUGACCCCUGCCAUAAGGGCUUGUGAAUGGCAGGCCCAGGACCUGGACAGAUGUCUGGCUGACUCCGAGUCUUGUGCUCUCUCUGGUACAGGUUUGGAAGUUCUGUUCCCAUCUGGGCCAUUGUAUUUUGCUUAUUGGUUUCCCUGGGCUGCACUUCAUUGUGGUGCCAUUAACCCCUCAACAUUUCCCAGCCUUGCUACUUGUUCCUCUCAAGGAAUAAAUAAAGCAGACAUUCCUUUUUUUUUCUUUUUUCUUUUUUUUUUUUUGUGCAGGUUGAAUGAUUGAAACAAACAUGCCUAACUAAAAAAGUAGCCCAACGCUGCUAAGUGACAGCAGCCGAGCCACAUUCCAGGAAGAAUGUAAACUGCUCACUAGUGGUUCAGCUCACUUUUUGCCACCUUGAAACAAGGUCUCCUCCCAAAUUUCACCUCUUGGUGGCUUGAAAGAGGCACUAAAUUUGUCAUCAGCUACAACUCCCAGUUCUCACACUUUCUAUCUGUGGGACCUUGGUCAAAUUACUUAAUGUCUGUGUGCCAUAGUUUUCUUUUCCAUAACAUUGGGAUAAUAAUAAGUCUUUGGCAGGGUUGUUGGUAGGAUUAUCAUGCAGUAAUCUUUGUGACAGUGUUGUGAGUCCUUGCCAUCCUUGAAUCAGCACCAUUAUUUCCAAAGCUUUAGAAGUAAUUUAUUGAGGUACCACUAAGUCACUGCUUCAUUUUUCUCUGCUACUGAUGGUUCUCCCAUAUAUUGCAGUUAAGUCCAUAUAAGACUAAGGCCAUAUAAGACAGUGAAAAAAUGCCAACAGGUUUUGGGUUGAAUUCUCUGCUUUGCUACCUACUAGCUGUAUGCAUUCAAGCAAGUUCCUUGGAUUGUCUAUGCUUCCAUCAUUUUUUUUUUCAGUUAGAAAAUAGAAAAUAGAAGUGUCUACCUCCAAGGGUUGUUGUGGGAUUCAUGAAGUAGCUUGGGUAGUGCCUGAUAAUCACUGUCUAUGUGAAUGGUAGCUCCUGGCAUUGCUCUUUUCCCCACUAUCUCCCCACCUCUCAGCUGCUGGUCCGCUGGCUCCUGCUUCUGGACCCUGUCAGCACAGUCCGGUGGCGAGUGCAGGUGUUUAUUGGGGAGGAGGCGGGAGGGGGAAGGAUGUGAAUAGAGGGAGGUUCUGUAGGAGUCUAUUGCAGGUUAUUUCAGGUCAGACUCUGAGAGGACCGCUAGCUUUCUUGUCCCCUGAAAAUAAAGUUGCCUGUAGACAUAGAAAAACCAAAGGGCUCUAGAUUGAGACAGCAUAUCCUGGCUCAAAUUCCAGCUCUGUUUCUUUGCCACCUUGUACCAGCUUGAUCAUGUUAAAAAUGAGAAUGAUGUUACACCUGUUUCUCUGAGCUGCUGUCAGGCACUAGAUUUAGAGUUACUUGACCCUGGCCGUGCAUUAGAAUCACCUAGGUGCUUUUUACCAAAGACUAGCACCAUGCCCCCACCACAGAUUGCUCUACAACUGUUCCAGGUGGGAACUAGUCAUCAGAACUCUGUAAAGCUGCCCAGGUGAUUCUAAGGUACAGCAGGGUUGAGAAAUGCUGCAUAGAAUAGAGCCUUACUAAAUGUUAGUCUCCUCUAUUUUCAAAGCAGCAUAAAGGGAUCUUAUAUUGAGUAAUUUAUGUACGAGGUGAGUGACCUAAUUUGUUUGAGCCAUGGGACUGCAGAUGUGGUAAUCAAGGUUUCUUUCCCACCCCUGCCGUCGUUUUUGGCAAACUGGGGCAUUUGGGUCAGAAAAGUGGCCUUCUUACUCAGCCUGUCCUCUUCUCAUUCCAACACAGCUGCCUUCUGAGUGCUGGGCAAUGCCUGGCCCUUGCCUGGAGAUGUCAUGAUAGUCCUUUGACCUACUUUUGUUUCUUUUCUGUUCACUUCUGGGCUGUGCCCCAUUAACCAUUCAUGCACAACCAUCCACCAAGCUGGCAAGGCCUCAGCAUUCUUCAAGUGGAAGAGGGAAUGCUUGAUUUCUGUCCGCAUCCUAUAAAAUGCUUAUCAGAUGAUAAUAGCUUUCCAGGGUUAGUGACAGAGACUUAGCAUGACCCAAAGGCCUGGAGGCUCUUCACUUAUGCAUGAUUUGGUGAUUUUACAUCUCUUAGACAAUAAAUUUUUGGUUGAGAAGUACUUCUACUCAGCGGUCUGAUUUUUUCUUGAGAUCUUCUCAAACCCACCUCAAACUGGGGAAAUGUGUUGUAUUUUGGAGAGGGCUUUUAACAUUUAAUGUGCAUAGGUACCAUCUGAGAACUUAUUGAAAUUCAAGUUCUGAUUCAGUGGGUGGGAGCAUGGGCCUCAGCGCCUGCAUUUCUGACAAGCUUCCAGGAGAUGUUGAUGCCACCAGUCUAAGGCCACACUUGCCUUAGCAGAGCUCUAAGACCUUGGUCUUCCUUCCUGCUUCUGCUUUCUCCUUUUGCCUUCUUAGGUCCAGGAGCAUCGGAUGCAGACUGUCACUGAGUGAAUGGAAUCUGUCAGUUUUGUGCAACUGUUUGUCAGUAUUGUUGUAGCCUCAGUGGAGGCAAUUGUAGUGUGAAGUAGACAGAGUAAAUAGUGGCCAUUAUCAUCAUGCCGUGGAAAGAUUCCAGUUCCACGUAUUAUGUUAUACUCUCCAGGCUUCUUUUAUAUCUUCAAGCACAUUAAGCCUCAUGGCACAUUGUGGAAUAGGCAGUGAUUUUUAUUACUAGGAUAAGUAUUACUUUGAAAAUUUUAUAACAUUUAUUAUGUUUUUGUUUAAUGUGGUUUUCUUCUGAUUAUGACAAUAAUGCAUAUAAACAACAGAAAAUUUAGGAAACCUAAGAUAACACAGAGAACAAGAAAAAGAACCCAUAAUCUUGCCAUGGAGAGGUAGUUUCUCCUAACCUUUUGAUUUUCUUUCCAGUAUUGUUUCUAUGUAAAAUCCUAAUUCUCACCACUACCCUCUCCCACCAUAAUUUGGAGCACAUUACACACAUUGUUUUGCAACCUUAAUCUAUCACGAUCGUUUCCCCGUUCCAUUAAUUUUUCCUCCAACAUGAUGUUUAAUAGCUAUGUAGUAUUCCCUCAUAAGGAUAUACCAUUAUUUAUUUAACUAAUUUUCUACUGUUGUUUUCCAUUUCUCACCACCAUAAAUAAUGCUGAGAUCAACAUUUUCAUGUACUUGUCUGUUUAUUUUCUUCAGUCCAAUUUCUUUACUUGAAAUUUCUAGGUCAAAGAUAAUGCAGCUUUUUAAAGCUUCUGACAAUGUGCUGAUCCAUGAUGGGCCUGUGGAAGCAUGGAACCAAGACCAGGGUCCCUCUAGUCUGGUAGUAGUUUGACCAGGGAAGUUUUCAUCAUUCUUGUGUUGUGUAGGGAGUUUCAUCAUUCCCAUUUUGUGUCACCAGGGUACCAUGGUGGCACUGGAGAAGCCCUGAGCAGACAGUCCCCUCUGCCACUUCACCUCCUGGUUCAUGUGUGCUGAACUGCAUCACACAGGGGUAGAUGGUCACUAGGUCAUUAAGAUUGAUCUAGACCAUAUCUUGCUUCCUGGAUCUGUGAAGGUAUCUGCAGUUUUAAAGGAGAGAAGAAAAGGGGAAUGAAAGGUACCAAUACUGUGUCUAUCAAAUUCUAGAUUCAUAUAUCCAACUGCCUCCUUGAUAUUUUUAUUUGAAUAAUCUCAUAUGCGUCUCACACCUAACACAUCCGAAACUCAUCUUCCCUGAAAGACCUGCUUUACUGGCAAUCCUUCCUAGCUCAGCUAAUGGUAACUCCGUCCUUCUGGUUCACAGGCCUCAAAUUUUGGAGUCAUCUUUGACUCCUGUUUUUGUUUUCAUACCUUAUAGCUCAGCCGUCAGGAAAUCAUAUUGGCUCUGCUUUCCAGCCAUAACCUCACAGCGGACCACUCUUCAUGCUCUCCACUGCUACCACCUGGGUUCACCCCGAUCUUCUCUCAUCUGGCUGAUCACAGGAUCCUCUUUGUUGAAUUGUGUGAGGCAUUUGGCCUAUAUUAUCGCAUUUAUUCACAUGGAGCUGAGUAAGGUCUUGUUAGUUCCCAUUUUCCAGAGGGGCAACAGGGACUCAAUGAGGUUAGACAUCCUGCCUGCGGUCACUCUACCAGUGAGUCAGGGAGCCAGGGUCCCCUACAGACAUCCACCUGGCUGUAAAGCAAAUGUUCCUCUCCAGGAGGUGCUGGUUGUAAGUUCAUGAGCCAUGGAGGGGAUGGAGAACUUGAAUAUCUUAUACCUGGUGGGAGGAACAAGAUACACACCAUCUUUUGAUGUUGUCUGAACUUGUUAGCUAACAUUUUUAAUAGAAGAUGUGUAUCCUCUUCUCACAUCUGCCUGCACUGAUGAACAAAGCCUUGUAUCAAGAAUUAAUUUUGGAAGGAGAUACUCCCUUCAUAGCCUACCCCUGAAGGUGGGAAAUAGUGUGGGGAAAUUCAUUCUAGACCAGAGUGUGGGUGAUGGUCUCAAGGCCUCAAAGUAGGUUUCUGAAAGACCCCCACAUUUUGGCACGUGUUUGUGCACAGGUGUGUGGGCACACACCUAUAAUUUACAGCACAUUCCUAGAACUUUUCAAGUCAAAAUAUUGCCUUGUUCACUCUUAUGGUUGUUAUUUCUUGAUCUGUUGUCAUCACAUGUCUCACUGUUCUUUCCCCUCAAUAAUCAUGGAAUUAAAUUCACUUGUUCAGAAGUGGACCCCAGAGGCAGGCAGGCAGGCAGAGACCAAAGAGAUGUCACAGAGCUUAUACCAGAGGGAUGGGAGCCAGGUCCACGUGAGCAGGUCCUGCCACCUCAGAUAGAUAGGCCAUUUGUGCCCCUACUGUGUGCUAAGAGGCACCUACUUUGUGCUGAGCACAGCAACUCUGCCAACAGUCUUGUUAUGCUCCAUCACUGACUAUGUGAGUAGUGUUGCCAGGAUUUGAAUUUGGAUCAGUCUGGCUCCAAGUCCGUGUUCUUCUACUUCACUUUUCUAGGACUCAGGAGAACAUGGCCAGGAGUUUAGGGCUAGUCUCUUAGUAGCUAACCAGGAGUCUUUCCCCAAAGGCUCCAGACACUGAGAUAUGCUAGGGAUGUGGGGAGAGCUGGCUUUAGUUCAGCAUCAGCCAGAACAUCCCAGAAGGGAUUAGACAGCUUGUGGAGGGAGUGAGCUCCCUGUCAAUGGAGGAGGGCAAGCAGUGCUGUCAAGUCUAUUAAGAAGCUUCCUGCAGGGAGUGAGAAAUUGGACUCAAUGUCCUCCUGAAAGGUUCAGCUACAGAAAGGCUGGGUCCCUUUGGUAGACUCCUCACCUUGAUCCUCAGCACCGUUGUUAAGUAUACUGAUUAAUCCAAUCAGUAAGGGCCUGCUGAGUGAGCCGGGCUCUGGAGUAGAUGUGAUUCAAGACAGAAAAGCAGGAGGGUACGCCACUCAGAUCUCAAGGCACUUAGGAUCCAGUUAAAGGUACUAUUAAGACAUUAUCAGCUGAAGAGUCAGACUGACCUAAGUUUAAAUCUGGUCUGAGCCACAACUAGACCAGGCUUUCUCAACUUCGGCACCCCUGACUUUUUUUGUGUGUGUGAAAUGGAGUCUCAUUCUGUCUCCCGGGCUGGAGUGCAGUGGUGUGAUCUCGGCUCACUGCAAGCUCUGCCUCCCAGGUUUAUGCCAUUCUCCUGCCUUAGCCUCCUGAGUAACUGGGACAAUAGGCGCCCGCCACCACGCCUGGCUAAUUUUUUGUAUUUUUAGUAGAGAUGGGAUUUCACCGUGUUAACCAGGGUGGUCUCGAUAUCCUGACCUCAUGAUCCGCCCGUCUCGGCCUCCCAAAGUGUUGGGAUUACAGGCGUGAGCCUCUGUGCCGGCCUUUUUGUUUUUUUUUUUUUUUUUUGGAGACAGGGUCUGGUUCUAUUGCCCAGGCUGGAGUGCAGUGAUGUGAUUAGGGCUCACUGCAGCCUUGACCUCCUGGGCAUAAUUGAUUCUCCUGAGCUUAAAUGAUUCUCCCACCUCAGUCCCCCAAGUAUAAGAGCUGGGACUACAGGCAUCCAGCCAUCAUACCUGGCUAAUUUUUGUUUUGUUUUGUUUUGUUUUGUAGAGACGAGGUUUUGCCAUAUUGUCCAGGCUGGUCUCGAACUCAUGAGUUUAAGUGAUCCUCCUGUCUCAGCCUUCCCAAAGUGCUGGCAUUGUAGGUGUGAGCUACUGCACCUGGCCAACUUUGCCACAAAUGACCAGAUAAUUCUUUGUUGUAGGGGGUGAAUCACGGAUGUUGGGCAGCAUCCCUGGCCUCUAUCUACUAGAUUCCAGUGCCUUCCCCGCCAAUUGUGACAACCAAAAAUGUUGACAGACAUUGCCAAAAGUUCACUGAGCAAAGAAUUGCCAAGAUUGUCCGUCCCUGGUUGGAAGCCACUGGACUAGCUUGUAUGACUUUUGGCAGACAAACUAAACUCUUGGUAUUAGUUCCAUCUUUUUUAAUGUAUGACAACAAUACCUGCUGUAAGAAUGAAAUGAAAUAGCAUUAAUCAAGCUUCUACCAGGGAGCCUGGCACAAAGUAGACAGACACAUCUGAGAAAGAACCUUCACACCCAGGUUAGUGGGGGAGGCAGGGAAGCUUCACAAAGUGGGAAGCAUUUGACAUCAGACUUGAAGGAUGAGAACAUAUUUUCAAAAAGGACUAGAAGUAUUGUGAUUAUUAUUAUUCCUCCUCCUUCCUCUACCCUUGCAGGCCUCCUCUCACUUGCUGGUCACUCCUUCUUCUCUCCUGUAAAAAUCAACCAAAGAGACUCUUCUAAAUCCUCAGCUCCUGGAAACAGGAGAUUUGGUUCUGGCCUCACAUUUAACCCUCCCUGCGCCUGCUGCUCCAGGAGUGCAUAGACUCGCCCCUUGUUCUGGAGCAGGCCAAGAAUGACCCGUUUCCCCACCUUGUUAAGUAUGAAUUGGAAAUUUGUAUCCAUGCAGUUUCCUUGCAAAAAAAAAAAAAAAUGCGCUUGUAAGCAUUCAGAGCUGGCUUGAACGAGACAGGAGCUACAAAUGCAGUUGAAUGUUUCAUGAAGACCCUUUCAAACCAUAUGCUCUGCUCUUGUGGAUGGUAUGGGGGAGAGAGCACAGGCUACGAGUCAGACCAACUCGGUUUUAGCCCUGACUCUUUAGUGGAACUUUGCCGUAGGAAGUGUCUUCACUUCCCUGGGCCUCGGUUUCUUCAUCUGUACAAUGGCGGGGGUGGGGGUUGCAACUGAUUUGGGAUAUAUUGUGAGGGCUUCAGGAGAUAAUAUAAGUAAAGGAUCUGGCAGGGUGCCUGGCACAUGGUAGGUGCUUAGUCAAUGUUACCUCUCCAGUUGGAAUCUUUCUGUUCUCUUCCCAGUAUCUGUGCUUUUAGGGACAGCAUAGUCUUUCUGGAUGACACAGGCCAAUGGCAUGGGACUCCUUGGGGGAUUGGGUUUAGGACAGCCUCCCGGCCUUCUCCUUUUAACUUAAGCUUUGGGAUUGGGCCCGGCAUCCUUGGAAGGCUCACCAGUUGGUCUACUUUAGAAGACAGGAUGUAAAGAAUUCCCUCUGAUUCAAAUGGCCCAGCUGAGCAUACUUUCAGUUUAAAAAUAAGUCGGCCUAUCAGAAGGCUGUUUUAAAAUGUAGAGGUGACAAGCAAAUGCCUGCCUUACCUUGUACAAAGAGGAGUGAUUAGAAGAGCCAAAAUAGAAGCCCAGAGAGGCUCCUGGGCCACAGUCCCUGCCCCAGGCCCAGACCCAGCCUUGGGUCAGACCCUCCCUCCCUCUGUUCUACCAGGGAGCCAAGAUUGCUGUAAGGAAAACAAGAGGAGUGUGGUGUUUUGUAACUAUUUUUAUACCUACAUCAGACUUGAUGUUGGUGCUUCUGAAUUAUUUAACAUUUUUCUUUCUCAGCUGGCCUCUCCAGCGAGUUUCUCUCUUGGGGUGGAGGGAGUUGUUUUUUAGGCACUCAUGGAGGCAGACAAACAUUGACUGCAGGGCCUCUGCUUUUUUUGGGGAAUGACAUUCUUAGGUAUCCUAUUAUGAAUUAGGGGCCUCAUAUUAAACAUAGGUGACAGGUAUUAUAGAUGACAGGUAUGUAGUCUCCAUGUUACAAACAGAGAGGGUAAGUAACUUGCCCAAGACCACACAGCAGGAAGUGAAGGAGUCAGGAUUCAAACUCUGGUCUUUCUUACUGUAGAGCUGGUGCUGCUUCUACUGAGCUGGACUGCUGCUGCUCUGUCCUUUACUCUGUGUGUGUGUGUGUGUGUGUGUGUGUGUGUGUAAGAACCAUGUGGGUGAUUUAAUAUGGUACUCCUUAAGCUAACAGGCCCCUGUCACCAUUAGCUUAAGGAGUACCAGAUCAAAUCACCCACAAACACUGUGGAGGUGAACAGAGUUGAGAAGAUGAGCCUCAGAAGGUUGAGCACUGAGAAGCAGGGAUGUGGUUCCCUUGGUUAUUGCAUCCUGGGGGAAUGGGAAGAUUGUCGCAGCCCUAGCAGGAGGUCCCUUCAUUGCACUUCACAGGCGCCACGUGUGGGGUGUACGUUAAGAGCCCUUCCCUCACAGUCUAGCCACCCUCUUGAAAGGGGUAUCUGCACCUUGGGCCUCAUUGAAAGGGGUGAUGAUUGGCAGCUCUAAACCACCCCGACAACAGGAGGGAAUGAACUGGACUCUUAUCUGCUGCCUCUCAUAAUUAAAGUCCAUCAUAGACUUUUAAUGGUCAUUUUGAAAUAGACAUCCUGGUUUGAAAGGAAUCCUACUGUAGAUGGAGAUCAGCCUCCCUGCAGAAGCACUGUCUUGCUGAUAACUGUUUUUUUUUUUUUUUUUUUUCAGAGCCAGGGAAGAUUACACAUUUUCCUUGUUCCGUUCCUUUAGCUCCUAUUUAAUUAUUGGUGACCUCGAGAUGACUCUCUUUCAAGCAUUUUAAACUCCUCAUUCUACCUUGUGUGAAAACCCCGUUAGAAUUAUAAUAUGAACUCUCUCUGGGAGAUAGGCCUCUGCAAAUUAGCUAGGGACGCUUAUUUCAAAAGUGCCCAUCGUUAUAGUUUCAAUAAAAUUCACUGGGGUAAAGCAGUUGUUAGUAAUGUUAAUAACAGCUGUAUUUUGAUAGGAAUGCACUUUAUGACUAUAUCAAGCGAUAUCACAUUCUGUUAAAUAAAGUAAUAUUUGACACAGGUAAAUUCCUUGAUAUUAAAUUUCAGAUAGCUGUAUGAAAUACUAGGUUCUCCUUCACAUACAUAUGGAUGAAAGUGGCCCUACCUUUUUUUUGGGGGGGGGGGUGACUUUAUUUAUGAAAACAUAUAGACAAGGUAAUGGAAUGAUAUUCCAAGAUAGCCUCUUAUGUGAAAUAAUUUGAUUUAAAGCUUUAUAAGCAUUGCAAGAAUUGACCAGUGUGCUUUCAAAUGCCUCUACUUGUGAUUUUGCAAAGAGGAAAGCAAAGGGAGAGUAGGGAGAGUCACGUUUAAAAAAUAGUUUACACAUUUAAAAAAUACUCCCUACCAGGUACCUUUGUGCACUCCUCGACUCAUCUAACGCACACACAAGCACUCUAGAAGCCUGGUUUUCACUUACAGCAAAGCUAAGUGAAAGCUUUGGAAGGUUUGGAAAGCUUUGGAAACUUCUGGAAGUUGAAGUAUCAUCCCUGAGGCUACACUGCUGGUGGAAUUAGCAUUGAACCUGGGUUUAUCUGACUCUGGAGUGACUGCUCCUACCUCUGUCCCAUCCCAGCUCCAGGGACUAGGUUUCAAAUAUUUUUUCCGUAUUGUGUGGAUGUGUGAGCAUGUGGAGGGGUAAUAGUUUUUUCUUUUUUCCUUUUCACCAUGGGAGCAAAUAACCAUCCCCCACCCCCCCCCCAAAAAAAAACUGGUUUGUGUCCAAAUAAGUUUGAUAAAUGCCAAAUUAGAGAGGUUAAUGUAUUUUCAUGCUGCAGAAAGUCUCAGAGUCUUCACUAUGCUUAUGUGAAUCUCCAAGAGAGGCAUAAAUAGCACAUAAGAGUUCCCAAACUUCUAAUAUGAGUUUUCUUUUUUCUAAAGCAAAACCAUUUUUAGCACUCUCACAAGAGUAGGGUUUCUUCAGAAGCUCUUUGGGAAGUGCUGACUUUGUGGAUUUCUGAAUCUGUAGGGUUCUGAUUAUGGUUCCUGUCUUAGUGAUAUGGUCCAAGCAGGAAGCUUGGAGAGUCCUGCAGGGGCUGAGUGUUUCCCUCUUGGGAGGCUGCAAGCUGCCUCUCUUUCUGACAUCUUAGUCGUUCAGAUAAAUGAAAUGCGUUUUUGUUCUAACCCUUCCCAACCUAUUUUAUGGAAAACAUCAAAGUAUUUAAAUACAAAGAGUAAGGAUUUAACAUGUUAAAAAAAUGUAUUUCAAAUGAUCAGGAGGGAGAAAACCUUUACCGUAGAUUGGGAAGGAUUUGCAUCCUUGAAGGAGCUAAAAGACAAAGAUAAGCUUUUAAAAUACAUAUAUGGAACAAAGAGAACACAGUGGGUUGGAUUCAAAAUAUUUAAAUCUGUCUUAUUCCAUUAAGGGAACUUUAAAAUAAAUGGUUUCUCAUUCAUUCAUUCUCUCUCUCACUCACACACACAUGCACAUACACAUAAAAUAUUACAUAGGAAGUCUCACACUCAAACUCCCUCCCCGCACCCACCUUGUAUCUUAAAGGAACUAAGGAAUAAUUUGGCUCACCUAGGUAGCUGGGGAAACUGAAGGCCCAGAGAAGGGAAGGAGUUUGCGCCAACCCACGAAGCCAGUUCAUGGGACAUCAGGCCAAGGAGUGGAGAUGUGGAUGAUGUCUGACAUGCUUUGCACCCCUACUGUGUAGCAGACCUAAUCUCUUUACCUCCUUACAACCAACCAGGUUAUGGGUGUUAUCUUCAUUAAAGCUGAGGAAAUGAAACUAGGAAAUGUCAAGCAACGUGACCCAUGGCUGGUAACUGGCCUCAUAGUGGGAUUUGAGCCCAUGCAAAGUACAUAUCACACUGUCAAGUCCAGAAUGUGAGUUUCCUUUUUGCCAAUCUAAUUUAACCAUCUCAUCCACUAUCCAUCCCUGACUUACUAGACAAAGCAAGGUAUCCACCCAGUUACCUUCUGAUGAGUCAGGAGGGAACACAUCCAUCCCUGUGCCGUGGGUGCUAAGGGUGCCAUUGGGAACAUGGAGGAAGGGAGCUGACCUCUUACCUGUGGGUGUGAACAGCUCGACUACCCCGUUCCCAAGUGCUCUGGUGGUUUAUAAGCAGUGAGGUGAGUCACAAAGCAGACAAAGGCCACUGACUCAGCGGGUAGAGGGAGGUGCCCUCAGUUCUUGAUUCAACAUUGCCAUGACUUGCUGGGAGUGGUUUUUGAUCCUUCCAUGUGUUUUUGAAAAGCCAGGUAGGCUUUUCAUCUCCUUCACCACUUUAGAUGCGAGUUUGUCCUGGAGGCAGGGAAAUGGCUCAGCUGCCCUCGUGGGCUUCUGUCAAUCCUAUGCUUCAAACAAGUAUGAGCUAAGCCUAUUCUAGAUGUGACCUGGAAUAUAAACAAUCCAAUGAGUUUGACUUCCUUCAGAGGUGGCACCUGGAGAGGCCAUACAUUUAUUCAAGUGAUGCCACCAUUGCUAAAACAAGGCUGUAUGCCUCUUUGGGAAUUUGGGAGUUCAGUCAUUCAACUAAUAUCUGUUAAGAGUGUCCAAUUUCCGGGCACUGUAAAAGUGCUGGGCAAAGUCAGAGGAAAGCCAAUCCCUGCCUUCAAAGAGAUGACAACCUGUUGGAAGACACAGCCGUGUAAUGGAGUAAUUGGACUGGGGUGUAAAUGUACAGGGGACAUACAAGAGCCACCUCUGCAUGGGGGCAGUCAGGCAGGGUCUCACAGAAGAGGUGAAGCAUGAACUAACUGUACUGAAGGGUCAUCAGAGUUCACCAGGGUGACCAGAGAGGACAUUCCAGUUGCAGGGAAUAGCAUAUGCACAUCCACAGGAAAAUGAGAAAUCAUGUUUCAGUUGGACUAGAGCAGAGGAUGUUGUGUUGGGUGGUGGAGCCAUAUGAGGGAGAAUAGAUUGGUGGGAUUCAUAAGAGCCAGAAUUGGCGUUUAGAGCCAGCUUGUAAGCCACAUGAUUGGCUAUGACUCAACAGAUAGAAGUGGCAUCUUGCAACCAUUAGUAUCAGUAUUCUUGUUGUUUUCAUGUCCUGCAUACUAUAGUUUCAGUGUUUUUGCUUGUUUAGGGAAAUCCAUUAUACCCUAAAGAAGCAAGUUGAUAAGAAAUCCCCAAAGAGAGAUUCUAGGUAGGUGCUUCUCAGUAGAGGUUUCUGUAAUGAUGGAAAUGUCCUGCAUCUCUGUCCUCCAAUAGGGUAGCCAUUGGUCAGAUGCAACUGUUGGACCCUUGAAAUGCGGCUAGAAUAGAAUUUUAAAUUGUAUUUGUAUCAUAUAUAAUUUAUGUUACUUAUGAUGCAUCCUUGUUUGUCAUAUUUAUGUUUGCUUUCUAUUAGGCAGUACUAGUCUAGUGCGAGGAGACAGACAAUCCCACUACUGAUACAUACACCAUUUAAAGUAUACUGUAGGAAAAGGGCCUUCCUUGAAGCCUGCACCCCAGCCAGGAAGAGUGCAAUUAAAGAGUGACAAGAUCUGCCUGGAGGUCAGUAAGAAAGGCUUUCAAGAGGAGAGAACUUCUUAUUACUGGGCUCUGAGGGUUUUGGCAAUCUCUGAGUAGGGAAAUGUGGAGUGAUUCUUCCAGAGGAGAGAGCAUGAGAAAAGGUGUGGAGGUUCCAGAAAAGCACAUACCUGGGGGAUAUGGAGUGGGAUGAAGCGACCUCAGGAAGAAAGAAGGCCACAAGGAGCUUGGAUUCUAUUCUGAUGAAGCAAGGACACUUUACAUAGAUGAUGUCACAUUGCAAGUAUGAGCAGGGAUGUCAUGAGCAUUAUCCAGGACUAUAGGAGGCAUACAUAGUGUUCUUCAAAGGACAAUGUAAUUCUUUGGACAUGGGGCAUAAACACCAUGGUUCAAAGCCAAGCUUUUAGAGGCAGAAUGCAAAGUUGAAACUUCUUCUACUCAGGUACAGCUCUCUUUGCUAUGUGGUAAUGUUUACUACCACUGUGGUCAUGUUUACCAACCACCCUUGUGGUUGGUAUUUCCUGUAAAUCUUUAAGUCCAAACAACGGCAUCUGGGCACAAGAAAGGAUAAGAGGGACCAGUCCCCUUUGAGCCAUCAACAAACAGCCCAGAGGAAGACGCUGAAGUCCAAAGAGGCUGGCUGACCUGCUCAAAGCUGCUGAGCUUUCCCUUGCACUACACUGCCUUGCCCUUGGUGCCAGGACUUAGUCUCUGGGCUAAAGGAAACUCUAGACAUGUUUUCAGUGCUCACGUAAGAGUCAACGCGUGAAACACACCUGCCUUUAAAGAGCAAAAGUAAAGUUCUUUUAAGCCAUUUCUUCAGCACAACAUAAAUGUGCUAAACAUUGACAUUCUUAUGCCAGCCCUUAGAUUUGAGACUCUCAGUUAACUACUUUCCAGAUAUCUGUUUUGCCCUUAAUGUUAUACAGUAUUGAGAUAUUGAUCAGGACCUCAGCCACAGUGUAUCUUGGCUAAACUGUCCUAGAUUUCUAGCAAACAAGGAAUGACUGUGUGAGUGGCAAGAAAGUGUUGAUGUUACAGUUGCCUGUAGUGUCUGUCUUUUUUUUUUUUUUUUUUGGCCAUUGUCUGGUUAUAUACCAAAAUCCUAACUGUACCUGAGAUAGAAGACGCAAGCUUUGCACAAAAGCAGUGUUAGUAGCAGGCAUACCCUACAGGAUUUGGAGCAGAGACCUGGAGAGAAACCCUGAGCCUGCCGCCAAUUAAUUUGUGACUUGAGGCAAAUUACCUGACCUUGUUAAGCCUCAGUUUCCCCAUCUGGAAACCCGGAUCUUAAUACCAUCUCGUUAGGUUGUUAUGAGGGUGAGAUGAUACAGUGCAUGUAAAACUCUUAGCAUCAUAUCUGUCACAUAGUAGGGUUAUACCUUAAUAAACAGAAACCAGUAAUGUUAAUUUUACCAAAUUUUUAUGUUAUAGCUAAAGAGUUUCUUUUGUCAAAAAAGAGGCACAUGAAAGAAUGCUCAGUAUCAUUAGUCAUUAGAGAAAUGAAAAUUAAAACCGCCACAAGAUACCACUUCAAACCCACUCGAAUGUCUAAAAUUAAAAAGACUGACCAUACACGUGUUGGUGAGGAUAUGGAGCAACAGAAAUGUAAAAGGAGACUACUACUUCAGAGAACAGCUUGGCAGCUUCUUAAAACCAUAAAUACAUACCUACCUUGUGACCCAGCCAUUCCACUCCUAGGUAUUUACCCCAGGGAAGUGAAAGCGUAUUUAGAUACAAAGACCUGUACAAGAAUGUUUGAGGCACCUCUAUUUGUAAUAGCCAAAAAUUGUAAGUCACCCAAAUGUCCAUCAACAGGUGAAUGGAUAAACACAUUGUGGUAUAUCCAUAAAAUGGAAUGUUAAUUAGCAGUAAAAAAGGAAUAAAUUCUUGAUUAGCCCAACAACAUGGAUCAAUCUCAAAAUAAUUAUACUGAGUGGAAAAAGCCAGACUCAAAAGCAUGUAUACUGUAUGAUUCCUUUUAUGUUAAAUUUCACAAAUUGCAGAGUAAUCUAUUGUGAUAGGAAGCAGGUCAGAGGUUGCCUGG